UACAGGUGGAGCUCAAAGGGGGGCGGAGGCACGCAGGACUGGGCAUCCAAGAAUGCCGAGUACAUACGGAGGUGGACAGAAUCAGCUGCGGUGGAUGUCAUCAUUACUGCUGGACAAUACAACGAGGCCACGUACUGGGACUACCUUGCUUGGUACCGUCCGCGCACGCGUGCCACCUUACUCAGCGGACCUGUACAGCCGGGCCCCAGACCCUUCCCCGAGGAUCGUGCCCGCCUACUUCAUGUUGUGACUGAAGAGGCGUAUGAGAUGCAUACGCAAGCGGAUCAACCUUUUGGGGAACCAAGCAGGUCAUCAUCGCAGAGGGAUCGUAACCCUCUCCGGGAGUACAUGAGGACAAGAGGAUCCCGCUUCCUAAACGCUAUACGUGGUCUAGGUGGGUGUGCCCCGCAAUGGAGGGGGUACGACCAACAUGCCAUGGACCCGUCUCGUGCCUCCCACAGCAGGCGGUCAUCCAGUGCUCGUGAGGAACCCGUCCGGUCAGAAUCACGACAUACAUCUUCAGCUUCGGCGCGUCAUGUCUCAUGUUCCGGUGCUGAGGCCGAGGAGUGCACGCAGCCUCCUGCGCCCGAGCAGGUUACGCUGGGUUCACUAGCACCUCCGGCUACGAUGACACCUCCGGCUGCAGCAUCUACUCAUCAGGAGGACGUCGUUGACUACACGCAGCAGACCCCUUGCUGGAGCGACCCUAAUGCUUUUGACUGGGGUGCUGCAAUGCAUGCGACCGCCACCUUCACUGAUCUACUCGGCGGACAGUCCUCCCAUGAUCUCAAUGAACCUGGAAGUUCACAUUGGUACCAGCAUGGCGAGCCUUCGGCACACUGGACUCCAUCGGAGCACGUUCUAGGGCCGUCCACACUUCCGCACGAGGAUCCUUCGGCAUGGUACAUGCAGAGCCGAGUAAGCGGGGUGGGAUACACGUUCGGUGGGGUUCCCACAGGGCAGGCAGAUGAUGAUGAAGAUGACCAAGGGCACGCAAGGCAGGGGCCUGCGCAGGCUGCUGGGAUGAGAGCCACACACCCGCCAGACGCUUACACGCCUGGAGAUUGUGUGAGGCAUCGUCGCCGUUGAGUAGCCAGGACAAUUUGUCAUGACACAUGUAUUAUUGAUUUUAAUGUCGAGGUCAUCCCUAUUAUGUCUUAUUCACUGUAUUGUUAAUUUAAGAAAUUCUCAGUACAGAGGAAACAAUAGUAGUUGUAAAGCAUAAGUAGCAUGGAACCCGGUACAGAGGUUACACAUAAAGAGCGAACAACAACAAACAUUAUCAUGUACGAUACGCCUAAAGAACAUAAUAUCAUGCCUUAAGGGAAUAAAAUAUAUAGGGUUACAAUAGAUGCUUAGGGCGAAG